AUGUACCACCCCGACAGGGAGCAGAAUGAGGAGGAGGAGGAGGAGGAGGAGGAUGACGACGAUGACGACAACGGGAAAUAUCUAGCGGAUGAACCAGACAUUCUCCGUACCUUCGCCGACGCCAUCGCAAAACUUCCACAGUUGGAGAGUUUGAAGCGGAUAGAGCUAAAGUUCUCGAGCAUUUGCACCGUGAAGGAUUACACUCACACCAGAUACAGAGAUACUAUGCUGCAGAUUAGAGAGGAUGAAAAUUUCCGGGCAAAGAUCCAGGAUCUUUGCUUCCAGGCUUUGGCGCAAAGCGAGAGCUUCGAGAGUCUUACGAUCCAGAACUUGCAGGAUGCAAUGCCUCAGGAUGUUAUGGAAUCAAAAAGCUUCCUGGCCGUCAGAGAGCGCUUGACAGAAUUGCGACUGAGAAUUCUGAGGUACCACGUGGAACCGGAAGGUGGACAGAGCACCUAUGCAGACGCGCAGCACAAUGGUUUGAGACGUUUUCUCCCGAAGUACUGGUUGAAGCCCACCACCAAUCAACUCACACGGUAA